AUGGACCCUUCCGCCUGUCGAGUGAUAUACAUUGACGAAAGAUUCAACACAGAAAGAUGGAUUUCUAGAGAGGGGUUGUCUCCUAGCACGCCCGCAAGAGCAGGUUCGCAGGUGGAAUUCUCGGACCUGCCCCUCGACUUGCAGACUAACGUCAACGCCUUUCUGACUGUGUUCAACCAAGUGUAUGUAUGUAAUUCUGGGAGGGCGUUUUCCACAAAGUUGUCCGAACUUCACGAUCAGGUCAAGCUCGAUUGUACUCCAAUUCUCGCCUGCUUCGACGUCGGCUCCGAGUCAAAGCAUGAGCACACGAAAGCGAGACCUAGAUUCUUCCCGUCCUCCGACUCUCCAUUACCGUCCCCAAGCUUGCUGAGGAAGGAGAUCACCUUCUCUUCCGAAUCCGACGAGUCAUACGGCCUUCAACUUCUAUCCCGAAUAGCGUCCGAUCUACAAGUUGACGAGGGGGUCAAGCUGAUAAUACCGGUAGCGAUUGUCCAGCCCAAGCGGAAUGAUCCUCAGGACCAGGCUGUGGACGUCGAGCCUCAACCGGAGUCCGAUAUUAUCGAUGCCCAAUUAAUGUUACAGUGUCUGGAUGCUGGCGCGCUCGAUGUUGUAAAGAGCCCAUUGGACAAAGCCGGGAUCAUGGGUUUGACAGUCCACGCUUACCGAAUAUACAAAAAUGCGAAAAAGGAACAAGCAGGCUUCAUGGCCAUGGCUCGGAGGAAUCGCAAGCAAUCAUGGGUCGGCAUGGAAGAGGAGAAACCUUAUGCUUAUCUUCGCGAAGCCAUGGUGAAGAAACUGCUCAAAGGGAUUUGCGAGCCGCAAAAUCUUAUCGAGGAUUACCAGCAUCGCGACUUAUAUGUGCAAGAGUCGCGAAAAGAGGCCGUGGCAGAAGCUGUGGGCCGGUGGGACUUUUCUGCCCAUGAUUUUACCGAAGAUGAACUCGUCUAUGCUGGUUAUUUUAUGCUUAACCAUUGUCUUGAAAUGGAAGAGUGUGAGCAAUGGAGCAUGAAUCAACGCGACCUACUUCACUUCAUGCAAGGCUGCCGGAUCGCGUACAACUCCUUCGUCCUCUAUCACAACUUCAGGCAUGCUGUCGACGUCUUGCAAUCCGUAUUCUACUUCCUCCUCCAGAUAGGCACACUACCGCCAUAUCCUGCCGGUGCCGAACCAUCUCCUUUCGCAGACAGAAAAUCACCAAUAGCGCGCCUCUUAGGGCCUUUUGAAGCGCUGACUCUGCUGGUUUCAGCCAUUGGUCACGACGUCGGCCAUCCUGGCGUCAAUAACAUGUUUCUGGUCAAACUAAACGCACCUCUCGCACAACUGUACAACGACCAGUCGGUUCUAGAGGCCUUCCAUUGUGCGGCUUACUCUCAGAUUCUCCGGCGCCACUGGCACAUAGCAUUUCAGGACAAAGCUCUUCGGAAACUGAUGAUCAGUACCAUCCUCGCCACGGACAUGGGCAUCCAUUCCGACUAUAUGCAACAACUGGGAAAUCUACAGGAAAAGAUUCACGAAAGCGGAGCGACCGAUGGAUGGACUCCGAAGGACAUUGAUUGGGCACGGACCUUGGCUUGUGGACUGUUGAUUAAAUGCGCUGACAUCAGCAAUGUGGCGCGACCAUGGUUGGUGGCCGAAAAAUGGACCCAUCUACUGCAGAAGGAGUUUGCGCAUCAAGGAGAGAUGGAGCAAGCAGUCGGAAUGGAGACGACACUCUUUGGCGGCCCUCCCGAGCUGGGCAACAUGUUGAAGCUUGCUAAUGGCCAGAUUGGCUUCAUGACCAUCUUUGCUCAUCCGCUUUUCGCGAAUGUUGCUGACAUAAUUCCUGCCAUGCGGUUUGCCGCCGACGAGAUCCUCACGAACAAGGGCGUUUGGUUUACAAGAGCCGAGCACGAAAAGAAACUUCUGCUUGUCAGAAGGGGAACUGGGCUUGGUGAUGGCGGUUCAGUCAGUCCCAGGACCCAAAGUCCUGUCGGGCGAUCGCAGGAUCAUGGGAAGGAAAAGCAGUUGCCGACAUCUCCGCUCCGUGCUCUGGACCCUGUACCAGAGAAGCCGCUCCCUGAGUCUGCGCGUGGCCGGAAGAGUAGUAACACUCCUCCGCAAGACAGUUCUCAUCAGUCGUCAUUAGCAGCCGCUGCAGGCAUCGCUGUUCCGGGCGCUGAUACCACCACUCGUCGACAAUCAGCCUCGGAUUCCAGGCAGAACUUGAAUGUGUCGGAUCGCGAACGGUCGGGCUCAGCCCUCGUCAAUGGUGAACACAUUCCGGUGGAACUUACGCUCGAUGGCUCUCAUGGCGGUGAGAAGAAUAAUGCCAAUACUUCCAGCAGCACUCCACGGCUGGCAGCAGCAGCAAAUGACGCUGCAGAGUCUCUAGACCCCCUACAUGACACAAGAAGAGAUAACGCGGUAUCAAUGCGUGCAGGAACGGAGGCCAUCCCUCGGGAAGCUCUGGAAGAAAACGACACCUCAGAAGCGGCCGACAUGCAUAAAUUCAAUUUUGCGACCUCGAAGAAGGAUGAACCAGUGCGAACCUACGAUCCGCAACAACUUUACAAUCCUUCGCAUCCCGCCCUACGUGCGAGUGCACCAGCAAGCGACGUUGAGUCGAAGCAGUCGAAGAUCGAAGCGAUAGACGCAUCACCGCCGACUAAGUCGCCUCAGAGCGACAACGUGACAAGUAGUGUGCCGAGAGGCGGUGGGGGUGGCGAGCACGUAUUGACCCCUAGUGAAAGCACUGAAGCUACAAGCUACACCUCAGACAAGAGUGAGGAAUUGACAAGGCUUCGAAACAGUCUUCAGGCCAUACGAAACCGGACAGUAAGUGCACCGAUGCACUCAGGAAGUCCGGUACUGAGACCCAGUUUUAGCAUGGGCAGUAAUAGCGCCACCAGCAGAGAAAGCAGCAAAUAUGACAUACAUACGACCAUUUUGAGCAACGGAGACGUGGAUGAAUCGAGUGCGAAAGACAGAAAAGCCAGUACCAAGACUAUGGGCAGGAGGAGGAGUCGAUUAAAGCUGGGGCUCGCAUUCUGGAAGAGAAACCGAAGCGAAAAGAGCAUCGAAGGCGAGACGAUGCGGCCGGAUAGUGAGGGGAGCGGAGGGUGA